GUAGCGCGGGGAAUUUCGAGUAGCGGUGGAGCGCGGGAGCCUAGUGGGUGCAGGGCACCCCCAGCCUAUCUAGAAGAGACCAUGGACUCCCUAGUCGAGCCUCGGUGGCCUCCAGGCCUGGCAGUCAUGAAGGCAAUAGAUGAUUUGCUGCGCUGUGGGAUUUGCUUUGAAUAUUUCAACAUUGCAGUGAUGAUUCCUCAGUGUUCACAUAACUACUGUUCUCUCUGUAUAAGAAAAUUUCUGUCCUAUAAAACACAAUGUCCAACUUGUUGUGUGACAGUCACAGAGCCGGACCUAAAAAAUAACCGCAUAUUAGAUGAACUGGUAAAAAGCUUGAAUUUUGCACGGAAUCAUCUGUUGCAGUUUUCCUUGGAAUCACCACCCAUAUCUCCUGCUUGCUCCUCUUCAAAGAACCGCGCUGCCAAAGUACACACUCCUGUAGCCUUCAGACAUUCUUUAAAGCAAGGAAGCAGGUUAAUGGAGAAUUUCUUGAUCAGAGAAACUGGUGGUUCCACAUCAGAGUUGUUGAUAAAAGAGAAUGAGAGUAAAUUCGUCCCUCAGAAAGAGGUGAGCACUUCUUCGAAGACCAAAGAAACACCUUCUAUAGAAAAGGCAGCUUCGUGUUCUGUUGAUAGUCAUGUUCCUGAGACACCUUCUACAUCAGCUUUGAAACAGGUUACCAAAGUGGAUUGUCCUGUUUGCGGGGUUAGUAUUCCAGAAAAUCACAUUAAUAAGCACUUAGACAGCUGUUUAACACGGGAGGAGAAGAAGGAAAGCCUCAGAAGUUCUGUUCACAAGAGGAAGCCUCUGCCCAAAACUGUAUAUAACUUGCUCUCAGAUCGCGAUUUAAAGAAAAAGCUAAGACAGCAUGGAUUAUCUAUUCAAGGAAAUAAACAACAGCUCAUUAAAAGGCACCAAGAAUUUGUACACAUGUACAAUGCCCAGUGCGAUGCUUUGCAUCCUAAAUCAGCUGCGGAAAUAGUUCAAGAAAUUGAAAAUAUGGAGAAGACUAGGAUGCGUCUUGAAGCUAGUAAACUCAAUGAAAGCAUAAUGGUUUUUACAAAGGACCAAACAGAAAAGGAAAUAGAUGAAAUUCACAGUAAAUAUCGUAAAAAGCAUCAGAAUGAAUUUCGGCUUCUGGUGGAUCAGGCCAAAAAAGGAUACAAGAAAACUGUUGAAAUGUCAAAAAAAAAAGUAACAAAAGAAGAAGAUGGAUCUACAGAAAAGCUAUUACCUCUAUGCGUGGAGCAGGAAGAUAAAAAAAUGAAAUUCUCAGAUACUCCCCCGGUAACAAACCACUUCUCUCAAUCAAAGCUGGAAUCCCCAGGGAGAAUGGAGCCUGAUAGAACAGAUGAUUCUUCUAGUUGUACUGAUAUUCAAGAAGAAGCUCUUUCUUCACCAGAAUCAGACUCAUUCAAUAGACAAGAGCCUCCUGGAAUAGUAAAGUGUAUUGGUGAAGCCUUGUUAAUGUGGGCUGUAAGUUCCAGUUCAGACAUCAUAAGAGAUCUUCUUGAAGAAGAGGAAGCCUGGGAAGCAUCACAUAGAAAUGAUCUUCAGGAUGCAGAAAUGAGUCCAAGACAGAAUCGUCGUACAAGAUCAGCAGAGGGUGCUGAGAUUGAGCCGAGAAAUAAGCGGAAUAGGAAUUAGUGAGGGCUUUGCUGACUUUUCCAGUGUGGUGAUUGGAGUGUGGCACUUUGGGUUGCCACACAGACUUCCUAUUCAUAAGUGCCCAUGUGCAGGUGUUGACUUCUCAAUUUGAUGGUUAGCUGGUUUUCAUACUUUUUGCCUUUCCUGGGAAAAAUAAGUUCUAAAACAUCCUCACCUGGUCAGUUACCCUCUGUCUCUAAACCACGUCUCUCUCAAAAUAUUGACAUCCACAUGUCUGCCAACUUUUCAGAGUACACAGACAUUGUGACAAAGAGUUUUGUGUCAUUUUGUUUCUAAAUUUAGGAUAUCCUUAAGGCAUUCUCCUCUUCCAUGUAGAAACUAACUUGAGAAAAGGAUUCUUUCAACCUCUCUGUCACAAGGAGCAGCUGAGGAGUUAAGAGCCUUUGUAUUUCUGGAAAGGCAGGUUGUCAUAAAUCACCUCUUUGGUGCGUGUCAGUUCCUGAUGCCCGGAUGCCAGCAUGCCUGUCAUAGCAGUUAUGUGAUGGUCAUUGCCUGAGUUUAAUGUAGUCAUUUGUCACUUGGGGUAGGAUGUUGGUAUCAAAACUAAAAAUCGCAAACACUGACUUUGAAACAUGGGGCAUAUUCUUUGGAAAUGGCACUUCAAAAUGAUAUUAGUCUUUUUCUUUUUUUUCACUUGGGUAAAUCAAAUCUUUACCACUCUGACUCCCAGCUAUUAAACAAAAAGAAUGCAAUAAAUGAAUUUUGUAAAUG